CCCGUGAACCCAUUUUGAAUCUGACCAGUGUAAAGUAACCCGCCAUAAAUGAUGAAACUAAACCUACAAAAUCCGCCGGUUGCCGCCCAACCACAAGCCUCCUCUUUACCUAAGAUCAUUUGAAAUUCAAACUUUUCAAUGCAACAUUUUCUUUUUUCCAAUAUAUUUGUCCUAAAUUAAUUGCAGUUUCAUUUUAUCAGAGCUGCAAUGAGUGAUCCAGCAAUUGAAUCAAAUGACGCACAGUCAAGCUCAGAAGAAGCUCAAAAGCCUCAGAUUGAGCCUAUUCGGAUGCCUACUGUGGAGGAAAUAAGAGGACAAGACAUUUGGAACAACUGUGCUGUUCGUAGUGUUGUUAGUGGAGUCAUGGGAGGGGGACUAGGGUUGUUCAUGGGUCUGUUUCUAGGGGCGCUGGAUAACCCAAUAAUGCAAGAGGAAAUGACUACGAGGCAACAACUUGUAUACCAAGCAAAGCAGAUGGGUCGAAGGAGUUGGAGUUCCUGCAAAACUUUUGCUGUUAUGGGUUUGGUUUUCUCUGCUGCUGAAUGUGUCGUUGAGAAGGCACGGGCAAAGCAUGACAUGACAAAUACAGCAGUAGCAGGGUGUGUAACAGGAGGCACAUUAUCUGCUAGAGUUUUGGUUUAGAUAGAGCGACAUGGAUAGUGAGAUUCAUAUAGAGACGAGCAGAGUAGUAGUUUCAGACCAAAAAGCAAAAGAAGAAAUUUCAGGGUCAUGUCAUCAGAAAUGUAACUCACACCAUACAAAGAAGAAAGGCAAAAUCAAAUGUUUAGUGCAAACUUUUUCCCAAAGAGGUAUCGGCUACUUAAAGCGAGAGUGCAUUCAAAAAUUCAAGAGUGCGUUGGUUGAAACAAUUGUGGCCAGUCCCAACUAGUCUGGAGCUAAGGCGUUGAUGUUGAUGUACCUUUCUCAUAAAACAAAGACGUUGACAUUGAUAUUGAUGUUGUUGCAUCUGUU